AUGACUGACGACCACACUUAUGCAGUGCUGAGACCUCGUGUUUUAGUGUGCUCUGGAGGCACACAGAACAAUAUAGAGGAGUACCCGCAGUUGAAGGGUUGGCUACCAGGUGAGUUCAGAUACCACGUGUGCCAGUAUGAAGAGGUGGUUUCACUGGGGGACCACACUGGUUUUGAGGCCACUUUGAGGCUGGAUGUCCACACUGUGGAACAGGUCAAGGAGUGGGUACAAAAGCUGAAGGGGUCAUCAGGGGUGACAUGGAGGGUGGAUGUUACCCGACCCAGGUUGGGGAAGCGGGUGCUUUUCAAAGCAAGUUAUAAGUGUCAGCAUAGGGUGAACCCGAGAGCAGCCAAAAGCAGCAAGAACACCUGCUGUCAAGCAAAAAUGCACACGACACUCAAGAGUACUCGUGGGGAAAUUAAGACCGAAGACCCACACAUGCCUGACCUACCAUUUAAGGUUAUUCUAAUAAACAGGCACAACCACAAUCUUUUUGUUGCGGACGCCAUCCGCCACCGAGAUGUUGGGUUAAAGGCAAACAACAUACUCACAGGGCUCUUUGAAAUUGGCCACACUCCAACAUCUGCACUGUCGGUCCUGAAACACGACCUCCAAAUGGAGUAUGGGCAGCGUUAUGUGUACGUGUCGGCCAACAGGGAGAUUUGCCCCGACCUGCCUUAUGUACAGAGACUGUUCCACAAGGUGUGUAGGGAGGAGUAUGGCACGCAAACAGGUCCCACGAUGUUGGCAGCGCUCAAGCUUCAAGUGGAGAGUUACAACAAUAAGUGUAAUGACACCUGUGCUCUCCUGGGAACAACUUCCCAGGGAGCUCCUCUUGUGGUUGUGUGUUCUCCACUCAUGAAGAAAGUGCACCAACUGAAGCACAGUGGGGAGCUGUGCUUCAUAGAUUCCUCAGGGAAUAUGGACAGGGAAAACUGCAGGGUAUUCCUCCUCCUGACCCACAGCUGUGCAGGUGGCCUCCCUCUGGGCAUUCUCCUCUGCCAGUCUGAGGAUGAGCAGACUAUUGCUCAAGGGCUGGAACAGCUCAAACAAGUUGUUGGAGAGAAGGGCUUUGCUGGCAGAGGACACGAAGGGCCACAACUGGUCAUCACAGAUGACUGUAGGACAGAGAGGGGAGCUCUGGGAAAAGCAUUUCCUAAGGCCACACUUCUCCUGUGCUCCUUCCAUCUGCUACAAGCAGUUUGGAGGUGGCUGUGGAGCAAGGAGAGUGGGGUCACUCACGGAGACAGACCGGCACUUUUUGCCAUUGUAAAAGAGAUGCUUUACUGUCAGGAGAUAGGCAGUGUGGAUAGGCUUUACAGCGAGGCAAGAGGGCAUCCAGUUGUAGCCAGGUUAGUGUUUAAUUUUGCUGACGAAGACGCAGUGGGAAUACCGUGA